GGGCGCGGGGCAGGCCGGGAAGGGCGCGGGGCAGGCCGGGAGUGCCCCGGGAGCGUCCCGGGAGCGGCGCAGCGGGACCGGCAACGGGACCGGUAGCGACACCGGCAGGAUGUGGUACGAGAUCUUGCCCGGCAUGGCCAUCAUGGGCGUCUGCCUCAGCAUCCCCGGCCUCUCCACCAUGUUCAUUAACCGCUUGAACAACGGCGGCAAGGAGAAGAGGAUCGCCCGCUUCCCCUUCCAGUGGACCCUGAUGGAAAGGGAUCGGCGGAUCUCGGGUGUCAACAAGUACUACGUGUCCAAGGGUCUGGAGAAUAUAGACAAAGGUGGCAGCACUUUGAAGAAUCCACGUAUCUAUUGAGAAUGAUUGAACUCCUAAAUAAAGAUAUAUGAGUGUUCAGCCCUUG